AUGACAUUGGUGAAGGACAACAGCACUCCGGAUAUGAUCAAUAAUACUGUUGAGUACACGCCUAUCGAGGACGUUGAGAAACUUGAGCGGUACCGGCCAGGCGGUUAUCAUCCGACAACUAUAGGAGAUUGGUUGAAUGGCCGGUUUCGUGUCGUGCAUAAACUUGGCUUUGGCGCAUACUCAACCAUUUGGAUGGCAAGAGAUCAGAAAACUGAAAAAUAUGUCGCCGUCAAAAUCACCAUCGCAGACAGCAAUCCAACUAACUCCCAAGAAAGGAAUAUUCUCCAUCGACUUGGUAUUGCAGAGUUGAAAGCCAAGACUCAUCCCGGCAGCGCAAUCAUUCCAUCUAUAAUAGACGAAUUCACCAUUUCUGGGCCUAAUGGUGUACAUCAAUGUUUUGUCACAUUAGUUGGAAUGAUGAACAUAGCUGAGGCCAAAGAUGCCUCAUCUGUCCGGUUGUUCCAGUUGCCUGUGGCCAGGGCUUUCUCUGCUCAACUAGUCUUGGCAGUGGCAUAUCUUCAUACUCAGGGCAUUGUCCAUGCUGAUCUUCAUCCCGGUAAUAUUCUGAUCCUUCUUUCUGAGAGUAUGGACUCGCUCUCACCAGAGCAAUUCUACGAAAGGCAUGGACAACCUCACCAUGAGCCAGUUACCUGUCUAGAUCAGCGUCCACUUCCUGAUGGUGUCCCCGCACAAGCUGUCGUGCCUGUUUGGCUCGGAAAAGCGAGCGAAGAAGUUUCGCUAUCUGAAGCUCAGAUGGUUGUCACUGACUUUGGGGAGUCUUUCAUGCCAGCCACUACAGCGCGGCAUCACUCCAACACGCCGGAUAUGCUAGUCCCCCCAGAGACUUAUUUCGAACCGAAAAAGUCACUUUCUUUCUCUGCUGAUAGUUGGACGCUUGCGUGCACCAUCUGGGAAAUAAUUGUCGACUGGGUAGUCAAAGAACAUGUUGAUACAUUUGGCAGAUUGCCACUGCCGUGGUGGCAGAAAUGGGAAUCGCGGUCAAAGUGGUUUAAUGAGGACGGAACAAGACAUGGUGUUACAAAUUCAAGGCCCUGGGUGCAACGAUUCAACCAAUCAGUUCAGAAGCCUAGGGAAGAAUUCAAUAUGCAACCGAUUGGGGAUGCCGAAAGGACUGCAUUUCUUACUAUGUUGAGAGAUAUGCUUGCAUUCGAACCGGAAAAGAGACCAUCUGCGGAGCGGAUCAUGGAAUAUAAAUGGAUGCAACAAUGGGCUCUCCCUGAGCUAUCCAGGAUGGAACAGAAUAUGCCAUAAUUUCAGCUAUAUCGUCUGUCUUGUUCAAACAUCUACCCGCUUGAUAUAAUAAGCGCAAUUCUACUACGCCUCACCACGAAACAUUGAGCUGUAGUCUCGAG